AUGACUGACCAACCUAUCAAGCAGAUUCUACAUCGGCCCAAGACCUCUGGGAGGUUGUUGAAAUGGGCCAUCGAGUUAAGUGAGUUUGAUAUCGAAUUCAAGCCAAGGACAGCUAUUAAGGCACAAGCUUUAGCAGACUUCAUCGUCGAGCUCACCACCCCGCCCGAGCACCCACCAGGGAAACAGGUAGAUUGGAGAAUUUUUGUCGAUGGAUCUUCAAAUGACGAAGGAUCCGGGGCGAGAAUCAUAAUGAUAGGUCCGAAUGAGGAAGAGUUGGAAUACUCACUGCAUUUUGAAUUCCCUGCUACAAAUAACAAGGUCGAGUACGAAGCAGUAAUUAGGGGUUUGGGAUUGGCAGCCAGAUUCUGGGUGACCUCAGUGGAAAUUUGCAGCGACUCUCAGUUGAUAAUCAGGCAAGUGACGGGGGAAUUCGAAGCAAAGGAUGAAAAGAUAGCUGCAUAUUUAAUGGAGGUCAAAAACUUGCAGAAGGGGUUCACCAAGUUUAAGAUAACUAAGGUCCCUCGAAAGGACAAUGAGCGACCGAACGCGCUAGCUAAGCUCGCAUCAGCCAACCUCAGACGAUUGCCUCACACAGCCAGUGUGCAAAUUCUGCGACAACCUAGCAUCCAACACGUAAUCGAUGUUAUGAAUGUAGAGAAUGAGGAAAGUUGGAUAGACCCACUGUUUAAAUAUCUCACAAAAAAUAAAUUGCCGGAGGAUGCUCUCACAGCAAGAAGGCUAAAAGUUUGGGCAGCCUCAUUUGCCAUCAUCGAUGGGCUAUUCUACAAGCGAGGCUUCACAAUGCCAUAUUUGAAGCGUUUGCGAUCGACAGAAGCACAGGUGGUGCUAGUCGAAGUACAUGCAGGAAUUUGUAGUAACCACCAAGGGGCGACUACCCUUGCGUUCAAAACGCUUCGACAAGGAUAUUAUUGGCCUAGUAUGAAGGAAGAUGCUAGAGAGUUGGUGAGAAAAUGCAAUGCAUGCCAAUGCUAUGGAAAUCUGAUCCACAUUCCAGCCAAGCAACAAACGGUAGUUUUCGGAGUGUGUCCCUUCUUCCAAUGGGGGAUGGACAUCUUGGGACCUUUGCCCCUGUCAAAAGGACAAAGGAAGUUCUUGUUAGUUGCCAUCGACUGCUUUACUAAGUGGGUGGAAGCUGAGCCCUUGGCCACCAUCACGACUACAAAGAUACAGGGAUUCAUCUAG